UUUUUUGGGUUCUCUCUCUUUUUUCUCUAACUUCUGGUUGUGGUGACUGGCGAACUGGUACCUGCAAUUUUUUUCUUGAGGUGGGGAAGGCAGAAAAUGCCAUACAAGUUAUUCGCUUGAUUCGAGGAGCUCUGUUUCUGAGACCAUUUUCAUGGAGGUUCACUCCCGAGUUGAAAAAACAGAGAGAGAUCAGAUUCAGAUCGAAACCCAUCGCCACAAUUUUCUUCUGGAUUCACGUACACUGUUCCUAACUCAAUAGAAAUGAUUUUUCUUCUCUAGGUUUUUGAAGUUCAAUUCCUUCCUCGCAUUCUCAUCUUGGGAAGUUCAGUUCAUAAUCCAGAUACACCAUAAAGUUUGCUGAAGUGAAGUUUUCGAUGUCUCGUGGAAGCUAGGAAAGAUUUCUCGGCAGACAAGAGCUCCUUCACGUACAAUGUUCUGAAAUUAUCCAGCCACCUUGAUUCUAAACGUUUGUCUUCCAGAUCGUUAAGCAUCUCACCAUGCUUAAGCAAAUACUGAGCAAACUUCCUCGGAAGUUGCAGAAGUUGGAGACGACGGAUUCUGCAGUAAAUGAUUCUGGCAACAACAACAACACUUCUCGUCUUGGACAUGUAUUUCAGUGUACAAAUGUAGGGAGUGCCCUCUCGAGCAAACUAAACGUGGUGAAACGUGUUUCUUCAGCAGUUUUUCCUGCAAGUAUUGCAGCAGGAGCAGAAGCAGUGGAUCCCCAUCUGUCAUUCAAAGAAGUUCCAAAUCCACAGAAGCAAAACUUGUUUAUCAGUAAAUUAAACUAUUGCUGCGAGGUUUUCGAUUUGAAUGAUAUGGAGAAGCAGGAUCUUAAACGUCAGAUGUUGAUAGAUGUUGUUGAUUUUGUUACCUCUGGAUCUGCAAAGUUCACCGAGACAGCAAUUUCAGCAGUGUGUAAGUUGUGUGCUGCUAAUCUUUUCCGGGUUUUCCCACCCAAAUCGCGCUCAACUGUGACUGGUGGAGAAACAGAGGAUGAAGAACCAAUAUUUGACCCUGCUUGGUCACAUUUGCAAAAUGUAUAUGAUCUACUACUUCAGUUUGUCAGUAGCAAUUCUCUAGAUGCAAAGUUGGCCAAAAAACAUCUUGAUCAUUCUUUUAUCUUGAGAUUGCUUGACCUCUUUGAUUCUGAUGACCCUAGAGAAAGAGAUUGCGUUAAAACAAUCCUUCACCGUGUUUACGGUAAGUUCAUGGUACACAGGCCUUUCAUCAGGAAGGCCAUUAGCAAUGUAAUGUACCGAUUUGUUUUCGAGACCGAGCGGCAUAAUGGAAUUGCAGAACUGUUGGAGAUUUUUGGGAGUGUGAUUACCGGGUUUGCAUUGCCAUUGAAGGAGGAACACAAGACAUUUUUAUGGAGGGUGCUAAUUCCUCUUCACAAACCAAAAUCAAUCGGCAUUUAUCAUCAACAAUUAACAUAUUGUAUUGUACAGUUUAUAGAUAAGGAUCCAAAGUUGGCCAGUUCAGUUAUAAAGGGACUUUUAAGAUAUUGGCCUUUAACAAAUAGCCAGAAAGAGCUGAUGUUCUUAAGUGAAAUAGAGGAGAUUUUGGAAAUGAUCAGCAUGGUCGAGUUCCAGAAGAUCAUGGUCCCUCUCUUUCGGCGAAUCGGAUUCUGCCUGAAUAGCUCUCAUUACCAGGUGGCAGAGAAAGCUCAUCUGCUUUGGAACAAUGAACACAUUGUCAAUCUUAUCUCACACAAUCGGCAAUCGAUCAUUCCGAUCAUCGUCCCAGCACUCGAACGGAAUACACAAAAGCACUGGAACAAUGCUGUACUCAAUCUAACUUUAAAUGUGAAGAAGUUGGUUCAUGAGAUGGAUGAGGAACUGGUGCUUGCUUGUCAGCUUGAAUUGAAGGAGGAACAUUCAAGGUCGAUCGCAGUGGCAGAGAAGAGGAGAUUGAUGUGGGAGCGACUCGAGAAUGCUGCAAAUCCACAGCCUAUAUCGUCUAACGUUUCGUUUCUGGUAGAACCAGCAACAUGUGCAGUUGCUGGCUAAUCACUUAGAAUUGGAAGAUCAAGCCAACAAAAUGAUGGUAGUUUUACUUGCAGUAACGAAUCUUUCAAUUCGACCGAGUUUUUCGAUUCCACUGCAAAAGGCUCGUCUCGCUGAGAAGCCAUGAACGAGUUUUAAGAUGGAUGAUCGGAUCGGAUCCUGCUCAAACUCUCUGUACAGGUGUGCUGGGUUAGCAGCUUCUCUGGUUGCUAUAUAUUUGAGAAAAUUCUGUAUCCUCUUCACUGUUUUUCCGCAUCUCAUUAGUCAUUAAUAAUGGGAUCUUGUGCUUUUGAUUACCACUUGAAGCAUAUUGAAGGCUUCAGCUUUGAACUUGUUUGUUCUUCUAAAAUUUCAUUCUCUUCUCUUAGCUACAAAUUCUAAUUCUUAGUUUAAAUUUGCAGAAUCUGAGAGUUCCAAUUUCUCUAUCCUGGCUGGGUCCGGUCCAAAAAUUAUAUAAUGAAAUAUCCAUUAAAUUA